ACCUCAACUUGCUUACAAAGUAGUUUCCAUUUUCGUUUUUCUUCUUCCUUAUUUCGUAGUAGGGAGAGGCCAUGGAGAAACCAAUGGCCUCUGUGCUUCUCUUUUCCCUGUUUAUCUCCCAGUUGCUGAGCCCGGUUCAGUCCCAGACCGGCCCGGUCUACGCCUGCGACACCGUGAAGAACCCGGGUUUGAAGAGCCUGCCGUUCUGCAACCCGCGGCUGGACGUGAAAAGCCGGGUGGCUGAUCUGGUGAAGCGCCUCACGUUGCCGGAGAAGAUUACUUUCUUGGUGAACACGGGCGGGAAUGUGAGCCGGCUGGGAAUCCCGACGUACGAGUGGUGGUCGGAGGCUCUGCACGGGCUGUCGUACACCGGGCCGGGGGUGAAUUUCUCCGGCGUGGUGCCCGCCGCCACUAGCUUCCCUCAGCCUCUACUCACCGCCGCUUCUUUCAAUGAGACCUUGUUUCACACCAUCGGAAAGGUGAUUUCCACCGAGGCCCGAGCAAUGCAUAACUAUGGUUUGGCGGGGUUGACAUACUGGUCCCCGAAUAUGAACAUCUUUCGGGACCCUAGGUGGGGGCGGGGUCAGGAAGUCCCGGGGGAAGAUCCGACUCUUACCGGGAAGUAUGCUGCUGCCUUUGUUAGGGGCCUGCAAGAACGAGACGAUGGCAACGAAGAGAAGCUCAAAGUUGCUGCUUGUUGUAAGCAUUAUACAGCGUACGAUGUGGAUGACUGGAAAGGGCACCAACGAUACGAUUUCAACUCUGUGGUAACAGCACAAGAUAUGGCCGAUACAUUUCAACCCCCGUUCGAGUACUGUAUUCGCGAGGGAAAGGUAGCAAGCGUGAUGUGUUCCUACAACCAGGUCAAUGGCAAGCCAGUUUGCGGGGAUUACAGCAUUCUUGCAGGUGUCAUUCGAGGCCAGUGGAAAUUGAACGGAUACAUAGUAACAGAUUGUGAUUCGUUUAAUGCCAUGUACAAUUACCAACACCUCACCAAAACGCCUGAGGAGACUGCUGCUUUGGGAUUAAAUGCAGGGGUGGACCUUAAUUGCGGGCCGUUCUUGGCCAAGUACACUCAAGGGGCGAUCGACAAAGGACUAGUGAAGGUAUCGGAAGUUGAUAGAGCUAUCUCGAACAAUUUUGCAACUCUUAUGAGAGUUGGAUUCUUUGAUGGGGAUCCAAGAAAGCAACUCUAUGGGAAGCUCGGGCCGAAGGAUGUUUGCUCGCCUGCCCACCAGGAGCUCGCCCGUGAGGCUGCAAGGGAAGGAAUCGUCUUGUUGAAAAACACUGCUGGCUCUCUCCCUCUAUCCCGCGCUGCCAUUAAGUCCUUAGCUCUCAUCGGCCCCAACGCUAAUAACCCCUACACAAUGCUUGGCAACUACGAAGGUAAACCGUGCAAGUAUACUAGUCCUAUACAAGGCCUAUCAGCCUUGGUUGCAACGAAUUACUCGCCUGGCUGUGAUAACAUCAAAUGUGCCACUGCCCUACUCGAUGAUGCGAAGAAAAUAGCAGCCACGGCUGAUGCUGUGGUCUUGGUAAUGGGUUCUGAUCAAUCUAUUGAAACUGAAGCGCGGGAUAGAGUUAACCUCACCCUCCCCGGGCAGCAGUCAUAUGUAGUGUCAGAGGUUGCAAAGGUUGCCAGGGGACCAGUAAUCCUCGUUUUAAUGUGUGGAGCUGGCAUGGAUGUUUCGUUUGCAGUUAAGGAUCCUAAAGUAACGAGCAUUCUUUGGGUUGGAUUCCCCGGUGAGGCUGGUGGAGGAGCAAUUGCUGAUGUUAUUUUCGGGUAUCAUAAUCCAAGUGGAAGGCUACCAAAUACAUGGUACCCACAAUCGUUUGCAGACAGCGUAUCCAUGAUCGAUAUGCGAAUGAGGCCAGACCCGAAAACUGGCUACCCUGGCCGGACCUAUCGCUUCUACACGGGCCCAACGCUGUUCAAAUUCGGGUAUGGAUUGAGCUACACCAAGUUCAGACACAGCAUAGUUCAGGCUCAAGACUCCGUCUCCCUCGCCCUCGACCAAGGCCACGCCUGUCGGUCCACAAAGUGCGAGUCUGUCGAUGCAGCAGAGCAGACCUGCACCAACUCAGCCCCCCUCGACAUUCACCUGAACGUGAAGAACGUGGGAACGGUGAGCGGGGGCCACUCGGUCCUCCUCUUCUCGUCCCCUCCAGCUGUCCACAACGCCCCCCGGAAACAGCUGGUGGGAUUUCAGAAGGUGCAUUUGAGCCCUAACCAAGACGAGGUUGUCGUGUUCAAUCUCGAUGUUUGCAAGCACUUGAGUGUUGUGGAUGAGGCUGGGAACAGGAAAGUGGCCUUGGGACUUCAUGUUCUUCACAUUGGCCAUCUGAAACAUUCCUUGACUGUGGAGAUCUGAGAAACUGCAGAAAUCACAGUUGAAAAUUUGUUGUAUCCUUUCCUUUUUCUUCACCAAAUCAUAAGAAAAUCAGGAAUCAAUGUGUUCACAAGAUUGGAACUUUCCAAAGUUGGAAUGAGUUUGAAGGCAAUUGUAACAAAGCUCUCAAUUCUUUCAAAGUGUCCAAAUUCUUGUGUAGACUCAGAAGUUAUGAAAAAUUAAAUGAAAGGAUGAUCUUUUACUUUUCCUUUAUACAA